CAGUACAAUCAGCCAGUCUCAAGGUCAAAAAUAAUACAUAGGAAAGGGUUAAGAGAGUGGCCAAAUGAUAGCCGGCUCAGCACAAACAGGAAUACAGUAGUUCCACAGAACACUAUAACUGGCACUGGUGGCACCCUAACUGGUCACCCUAGAAGCCCUCUGAUCGGUCAGCUGGCCGAGAUACCUGAUCGUCUGGUCAUUCAGAUUAGUUGAAUGGUGAUUGGUCAGGUGGUCGUACUCUCCACCAGCACCACUGAGAAAACCAGAGUGGUGGCGACAUUUAGGCCAGACAUCCUAGGAGUGCCGGGAAGAAAUUAGAAGUGGAUGGGAGCCCAUCACAUGGACCUCUCCAAUGACUUCUUGAGAUCUCAUGAGGUUCUGGCCACACACGUGCUGCUAUUUUCAUGUCUCUGUUGAUGGCUCCAGCCCAGGAGACUUUCUGUAAUGUGGUAGAGCAUCGGAUUCACAUCUCAAUCCAGUAUUAGUCAGAGACUAAUUGCAGAAGCACAGUGUGUGUAUAUAGAAGGUGUGCAAUAUAUACUUCUGAGGUUUUGCAGCCACGGCCAUAAUUCCUCAUUUCUAAAUUAGGCAUAUUUUUGUAACUUAUGGUAAUUUUUGUCUUUUCAUGCUUCACAUGUCACCUGCUGUACGUUAUUUUUAUCCACACAUAGAACAUCUGCACAGAGGACAGGCUCUGAGGUGGAGAUGUGGUGACGGCUCAUUGUGAGAUCUGGAGCCUCAGCACUUCAUUAUCAUGAUGACUAUUUGUCGGCUGGUGUGCCUCAUCCUGACCCUCCAACUGGUGGGAGGAAUCACCUCGUCUCCGGGGCACGUGUCUGACACCAAUGUCACCGAGGACACGACCACUGAGAGCAGUGAAAUCAUGUGGAGGAAAUCAGUAACCGAGACACCGGCCAACAGCGAGACGAUCACAGCGAGAACCCAGGAACCACAAGAGCAGCAGGGCCAAUGCGCCUGGUGGUGUAAUGAGUUCUACGGCAUCAUCGCACUCGCCUCCGCAGGAACUGUUCUCCUCGUCAUCAUUAUCCUGAGCAUCGUCAGCUGCUGCAUGUGGAAGAGGACAAAGUGUACGAAACAAGAAGGGGAGAGGGGCAAUAACACAGACAUGAAGGACAUGGAGCUCGACACGUUGGUCCACCGAGCUGCUCCAGACUCCAGCAGAUCCUUCCCGGUGCAGGAGGAGCCUCCAGCCAUGAAAGACGAGGGGGUCUCUGACGUAGAAAACUGUGCAGUGAACCCAGAAUCGCCAAAGACGGAGACCCCACAAGACUCGGAGAACCAGAGCACUGAUGGACCGGCGUUCCCGCUCCCCCCUCCGGAAAACAUCCCAAUGUUACCCUGAAUACGUCCAGAAGAAGACCCCCUUCUCUUCUGUCCCGGCUUUAACCUUCCUCUGCUUUCUAUGGAUAUUUCCACCAUGGCUUCAUGGUCUUUGUAUUGUGUACGAUGAUGACAACCGUCCGCACCUCAAACCUCACCGCAACGAUCUCAGGAAACAAAACGGAAAGCAGGUCCAUAGCAGGUGACCGGGGAGAGGGGAGGACCCCGAGACUUCUGCUUCUGACCUGACUUUUUCCACAAAACAUGACAUUUUGUGACUGGGGGUCCCAACGUGUAUUACAAGUCACCCCGAGGCUCCAUGUAUAGCGCCAACAUCGAGGACGUGCAGCCACCGCUCCAAUGAGAAAGGUGCAAAUCUGUGGCCGAAACGUGAACAAAAGCAAAUGAGCUCCUGGGGGCGCUAAGACAUACGCAAACAUGUAAUAUUCAUAUUAUUAUACUGGUAAAAACCUUCAGGUGAAUGUUCUGAUCAGGGGUGUGAGCUCACCACAAGACCAUGGCAUACAGAUACACUAAGCAGGGUGUCAGGAGACUUAGCUCUGGUCAGGGUGUCAGGAGACUUACCUCUGGUCAGGGUGUCAGGAGACUUACCUCUGGUCAGGGUGUCAGGAGACUUACCUCUGGUCAGGGUGUCAGGAGACUUACCUCUGGUCAGGGUGUCAGGAGACUUACCUCUGGUCAGGGUGUCAGGAGACUUACCUCUGGUCAGGGUGUCAAGCAGGGAGGCUGAUAUAACGCCACAGAUUAUGCCAUUCAUUACCAUGGACUCCCCUCUGGGGUGCAGACCGGUCACGUCCAUGUUCUCCGGGGUAAGUCACAUGUGUAAGUGAUCAAGACGGAAGAAUCACUUAAGUUUUUCGAUGUUAUGUCUUUCAGAGUUCUGGACUUUGCUGCUUCAUGUCUUAACUUUUCACUUGGCUUCAUGGCGCCGCUUAUCUCACAUAUCUCCUGAUCUUUAUGAUUAUCCUGAUUCUGAUAAAUAAAGUGACAAAAGGGGA